CAACUACACGACAAAGAAGCACAGUAACUUGCAAUCAGACUAUAAGCAACUAUGGGUGUUCGUGGACAGAAGAAGCACUUGAAGCGACUGGCAGCGCCAAGCCACUGGAUGCUCGACAAAUUGUCGGGUGUCUAUGCUCCUCGACCUAUGGCCGGUCCUCACAAGUUGACUGAGUGCUUGCCGCUCAUUGUCUUCCUCCGUAACCGUUUGAAGUACGCACUCAACGGCCGCGAAGUCAAGGCCAUCCUCAUGCAGCGUCUUAUUGCUGUGGACGGCAAGGUCCGUACAGAGUCCACUUACCCUGCGGGUUUCCAGGAUGUCAUCUCCAUUGAGAAGACUGGCGAGCACUUCCGUCUUCUCUUUGACGUCAAGGGCCGUUUCACCAUCCACCGCAUCUCAUCCGAGGAGGCCGGCUACAAGCUCCUCAAGGUUAAGAAGGUCCAGCUCGGCCAGAAGGCCAUUCCUUACGCUGUUACACACGAUGGCCGUACCCUGCGUUACCCAGACCCUCUCAUCCAGGUCAACGACACUGUCAAGUUCGACAUUGCCACUGGCAAGAUUGUCGACUUCCUCAAGUUUGAGGUUGGCCAGAUGUGCAUGAUCACCGGUGGUCGCAACCAGGGCCGUGUGGGUGUCAUCACAUCUCGUGAGCGUCACGAGGGUUCAUUCGAUAUUGUUCACGUCAAGGAUGCUCUUGACCGUACCUUCGCAACCCGUCUCUCCAACGUUUUCUGCAUCGGUGAGGCUGGCAAGGCAUGGAUCUCAUUGCCAAAGGGCAAGGGUGUCAAGCUCACCAUUUCCGAGGAGCGUGACCGUCGCAGGCAGCAGAACGCUGCUUAGAUCACGCACAAACACAUCAGCAUCAUUCCAGCGGAUCGUAGCAAAAAUGAAGACAUUUUCAAAUGGAAAUAAGCAGCAUCUGGGUGAGGCCACUUGGUCCCUAGUGUUCAUUCCCCUUCAUCUCCUGGCUUCCACCGGGAUUUCUGGCAUUGCGUCCAGAUGAAGGUUCCUUGUUGAUGCAUGCAUGUAUGUGCGUUCCCUCCUCGUGACUGUCCUUCCACUAGAUAAAAAUCAUCUUUACCUAUUCAUCC